GCACGUGUGCAUGGAAUAGAGAGAUCAGAGGGUUAUCCUCUAUGCUCUGCUUCAAGGCCUCUUGGCAUGAAUCCCACGGCUGUAGCCAACGGUCCUCUGCCGCGCAACAAAGGAACGGUGUACAAAGUGGUCCUAACUGGAGGUCCCUGUGCUGGAAAGACUACCACGUUGUCUCGAUUGGGCACAUUCUUCGAAAGUCUUGGAUGGAAGGUUUACAUGGUGCCCGAGACAGCCACACUACUAUUGGGAGGUGGAGUAAAGUUCUCUGAGUUGACGCCAGAGCAAGCGAUGCUGUUCCAACAGCAGAUCCUCGCCACCCUGCUGGAAGUGGAGAGAACUUUUGACCUUCUGGCAGAGGGUCGACAGCAGAAAUGUUCUGAUAGUCUGCGACCGAGGAUCCAUGGAUCCUUUUGCAUCGCCUUUGUGCACGGAAAACAAUAAAGAGUGAACACUAGGCGAAUUGCAAGUGUGCAUGUUUGCUCAAAGAGUGAGUGGCAGGAGAUGCUAGACUAUGUGAAGAGUAACCCAGUGGAGCUGAGGGACAACAGAUACGACCAGGUGGUGCACAUGGUCACCGCAGCCAGCGGUGCCGAGUCAUUCUACCAGCUGGAUAACAACUCUACCAGGUCCGAAGGCUUUGAACUGGCCAGGGAGCGAGACACCAAGGCAGCUGAGUCAUGGGUCGGUCAUCCAUACUUUGAUAUAGUGGACAAUUCGACUGGUUUCGAGGAAAAGAUUCACCGAGUGAUUGAGAAGGUUUGUGAGAGGAUGAGGAAGAGAGGGAUAGAGCUACACACAGAGGACAGGCUCAAGGCCCACAGUAAGAAGAGGAAGUUCCUCAUCAAAUCUCUCCCUGAUGAAAAGGAGUUUCCUGCAGUCCAAGACUUUGAUGUUCAACACGACUACAUCGAGUCCAGAGACAGUACUGUCCAGUCAAGGAUCAGAAAACGAGGACAGAAAGGCUCCUAUUCAUACACAAUCACAGAGAGGAAGAAAAUAAACGGAGAGAAGGUGGAGAAAGUCCGCUCUAUAUCUAAAAGGGAGUAUGAGACACUGUAUAGGCUUAAAUAUCAUGACCAUGAAUCGAUAAAAAAGACACGGAGGUACUUCUUGUGGAACACACAGUACUUCCAACUGGACAUUUACACAGGAGCCACCGACAAGUGUAGCAGUCUUUUACUGUUGGAGACAUACACAACUAAAGAGGGAGGUGAUUUGAAGCUCCCAGACUUUCUGGAGGUCGUGAGAGAAGUCACUGAUGAUCCUCAGUACUCCAUGUUCCAACUCUCUUUUUCACCCACCACUUCUUUGGGACAUAUGGAUGAUCUUGACGUGGAUCCAGCAGCCAUUGCUCUGCCGCGCAAGAAGAGCGUGGUGUACAAGGUUGUUCUGACAGGAGGUCCUUGUGCCGGGAAGACUACCAGUCUCUCUCGAUUGAGGAUAUUCUUUGAAGGCCUCGGAUGGAAGGUUUAUACGGUGCCAGAGAUACCCACCCUACUCUUUGAAGGUGGAGUGAAGUAUGCAGAACUGACUCCAGAGCAAACGACGCUCUUCCAACAGAGAGCCCUGACCACUCUCAUGGAACUGGAGAGAACUUUUGACCUUCUGGCCGAGUGCGACAGCAGGAAUGUUCUGAUAGUCUGCGACCGAGGAUCCAUGGACCCUUUUGCAUAUUGCUCCAGUAAGCAGUGGCAGGCGAUACUAGACUAUGUGAAGAGUAACCCAGUGGAGCUGAGGGACAACAGAUACGACCAGGUGGUGCACAUGGUCACUGCAGCCAGCGGUGCCGAGUCAUUCUACCAGCUGGAUAACAACUCUGCCAGGUCGGAGGAUCUCGACCAGGCCAGGGAACGAGACACCAAGGCUGCUGAGUCUUGGGUCGGUCAUCCGUGCUUCGAUUUGGUUGACAAUUCGACUGGUUUCGAGGAAAAGAUUCACCGAGUGAUUGAGAAGGUUUGCGAGAGGAUGAGGAAGAGAGGGAUAGAGCUACACACAGAGGACAGGCUCAAGGCCCACAGUAAGAAGAGGAAGUUCCUCAUCAAAUCUCUCCCUGAUGAAAAGGAGUUUCCUGCAGUCCAAGACUUUGACGUUCAACACGACUACAUCGAGACAAGAGACAGUACUGUCCAGUCAAGGAUCAGAAAACGAGGACAGAAAGGCUCCUAUACAUACACAAUCACAGAGUGGAAGAUGGUGAAUGGAGAAAGGGUUGAGAAAGCACGUCCUCUGUCUAAAAGGGAAUAUGAGACUCUAUACAGGCUGAAGUAUCCAGAUCAUGAGUCGUUGACUAAGACCAGGAGGUGUUUCCUGUGGAACAGACAAUACUUCCAACUGGAUAUUUAUACAGAGGGCACUGAAAAGUGUAGUGGUGUUUUACUGUUGGAGACAUACACAACUAAAGAGGGAGGUGAUUUGAAGCUCCCAGACUUUCUGGAGGUCGUGAAAGAAGUCACUGAUGAUCCUCAGUACUCCAUGUUCCAACUCUCUUACAAAGACCCAGCCCCGACUUAAAAGACAGUUACUUUUUUCACUCUUGUCUAUGAGAAUACUCUGUUGUAA